CUACUUUGUUUGCAACGAUAUGUGAAACAUGGCGAUCCAAAUUAUUGUCUAAGACACUGCUGCUUACAGGAACAGCUUUAUGAGAGGAGGAUGAUUCCGAGAAACUUGGGGAUUUUUUUUGACAUUGAUCCGAUUCCCAGGAAUCACUUUCACAAGUCCUGAGAUUAUUGCUACAAAUCGGUAUUUCUGCUUCCUUCUGAUCUUCACUUUUCUGUCGAUCUGCUGAAAUUGAACGAGACGAUUGCUCGUCGUCUCCUGCAGGGGACGUGCUUUUACUACUCACGGUGUUGCUGGGCGGCAUUUGGUGCCGUCCAGAAAUCUGAUACUCAGUUGCAGAGGUCUUUGUUUUGGUGUCUUUGUUUGUUUCAUCGCUAUCACUAUCCGCUAGAAAGCUUUCUAAUCGUCUCGAAAUUGGGCCAGCGUUUAGAGAUGAGCGAGGUUGGUUUUGUUUUAAAUCGCUAGUGGUUUUCAGAUUACUUCGAUCUCUCAAAUCGGUGUCGGAUAGACCAGUGGGAUUUAAUUCGCUCCUAACUUUUCUGCUUCCACUUUCUGAAGAUGAAGAGCCGCUCCUUCUACUCUCGCAGGAAACACUAACUACUGAAAUUUUGUUCUCGUUUUUGUGAGCAGUUUUAUCAAAUAUCUUUUCCUCAAUUUGACGUUCAAAGAGUCUUCUAGUUUCUGAGAACUUUUCAGCCAUGCUAGUUUUGUCCAAAUCCCCAUCUUCACUAUUCGUUUUAUCUGAACUGGAUGUCUUUUGAUAAGACUUAUGGGCGCUGUUAUAGACAACUCCACUUGAUUGUUUCUCCGCAAAAACAGGAUGCAAAUCAGACUUGCUGGUUUCGUUCAUUUCAUCUGGUGUGUUGCCCAUUUGUAGCAGCAUGCUUUUUAUUUUAUGUACACGAUUACCGAAAUGCCUUCCUCUCAUCUCUUCCCUGUGUCCAGUCUCUCUGCUUGUUUUCUGAGCACCCAUUUUAGAAAUGGUUUCCUGUUUGCUUCCAUCAAAAGUGCAUCUCAAAGCCUGAAAAUCCGUCUUGUACGCAUUCCUGUGGGGCGAAGCACUCCUGAACGUCCUUUCACCUUUACCUUCGGCUUUCAUCAUGUUAGAUCAAAUGUCCGACCACUAGGCUCUGUGUUAUGAUGGGAAUUACUGGCAAACUCUGCGCGCACGUCCCCAGGAGGUUACCAUCGGCUGCUUCGCCACUGAACAAAGCGUUCAAGAGACAACUUCUGGACGAGACGCCGCCAGAGUGACGGCGGUUACUUCGGCAGCUCGAAACUCUCCAUCUGCAGAAAGAGGGAGGGAGAGGAAGAAAGCCGGGAAGGAAUUACAACUAAAGACGGAGAAGUUUAGGGCAGAGCGGUCCGUAUCCAUGUAGACAUUCCGCAACUCCCCGGCGCCUUGUCCCGACAGGAGACAGCGCCUCCCCUCCCAGUCCAGGCCAGCCCAGCGAUGAGACUGAGCCCCAACCGCCAACAAAUCUGUCCCCGCCUCCCCCCCCCAAAACCGGAGACUGGCUCACUCGGUCAGAGUCCAGACCUGGUUUGUCCCACUUUGUCCAAGAGUCCCGAACUCCCGUCACCGCUUCAGAAAAGAAAGUACCUUCUUGCAACUUAUAAAGAAAAACAAAUGUCCGACACCUCUCUUCCCCCCCUCCCCCGCCCUGCCAAAGACCACAGCGCCUUCAAUGCUGCCAACCUGCCGAGCUUUUCCAGAAACUUUGUUUUUGUUCCUGAUUUACAGCAUCCACAGUUAUUUUGGUUCUUACUGAAGAUUUGUACUGCAGUGCUAUGUCCAUAUUGACAGCAGUGACCAAGGGAAAAUUCUGGCUACCCACACCAAGUGCCAUGGAGACAGUUUAUAGAUGGGCAGUGCUGAAAUUUCAAUCAUCAAUGAAGCCUGGGCAAGAAGGUUGCAAAUUGCUUGAUUGAAAGACAAGAUGCUAUUCAUUGAGUUUCAAUGGAACACAGGAGAAAUCUAAAGUGAGCCGUUCCGGCCGCACGGUGUCGCAGCGAAGCUCCUUUUCCAUGCGAUUUCUGAAGCGGCGCCACGUUGGACCCGAGCCGAAGAAAGAUCACCAACUUAGUGGAAUGAUCCAAUACUCGGAAAUGUCACUUCACAUCGCUUGAAGAUGGUGCCAGCUAGGACAGCAUUACUGAAUCUAAUAAUUUAACAGUGAGUUACUGAGCAUGGAUAAUAUGAGAUCUACUGCUUGAAGGCAGGCUGGUACAGUAUGUUGUGGGCUUUGUACAGUUGCUGAUUCUUAUUGCAUGUAUCCACAGAUGAAACGAAGAGGUUUUUAUUUGUUAAGUGUUGAGUAAUCCAAUGCCUAUUUACAUAAGAUGAAUCAAGCUGCUUGGGUUAUAUAUGCCCAUUACCAGUUGUCAGUAUCGUAUAGCAAAGCUGCCAGUUUUACAGAUGCUAAGAGGCACAGAUCAUUAAUGACAUCAGUAAAGAAAGCUCAGAUGACCACCUGCGUCUUGAAUAGCUGACAUUGAUAUGAGGUACUAAGUCCCAGAUGCCAUACUGGCUAAAUGGUUAGCACUGCUGCCUCACCGCUCCAGGCGCCCAGGUUUCAUUUCACCCUCAGGCGAUUGUUUGCAUAGAGUUUGCACGUUCUCCCCGUGUCUUCAUGGGUUUCCUCAGGGUGCUGCAGUUUCCUCUGACAGUGGAAAGAUGUGCUGAUUACGUGGAUUUCCCAUGCUAAGUUAUCCUAUAGUGUCCAGGGAUGUGCAGGCUAGGUGGGUUAGCCAUGGGAAAUGCAGGAAUACAGGGAUUGGGUGGGAUGCUGUUCGGAGGGUCGGUGCGGACUUGAUGGGCUGAAAGUCCUGUUUCCACGAUAUCCACUUUCUUAAAAAAAAUUGAAUUUGUAAAUACACUAGGGAUGGCCAUCAAAGAGGAAUUCAGCAUUCCAUUUGUACCAUCCAGAAAUUACAUUGCAAAGCUGCUUUGGGCUGCAAUGUCCUACUUCAGCAAAUAAAAGCCUAGAAUUGUGUACAAUGCAGUACACAUCAUCUGCAUAUUUCUUUGUGUCAGAAAUAGGCUGCUCACCAUAUUAGAGUGGGCUGCACACUGAGUUUAGGAUAUACAACUGAAUUAUUUAAAACAUACUUCUGAAAUCCUAGGAUUGUUGUAGAAUGCCCUUCUGAAAUUGGACCACGCCAGUAGCUGAUUCAUAGAACAUAGAACAUUACAGCACAGCACAGGCCCUUCGACCCUCGAUGUUGUGCCGGCCUGUCAUACUGAUCUGAAGCCCAUCUAACCUACACUAUUCCAUGUACGUCCAUAUGCCUAUCCAAUGAAGACCUAAAUGUACCUAAAGUUGGUGAAUCUACUAUCGUUGCAGGCAAAGCGUUCCAUUCCCUUACUACUCUGAGUAAAGAAACUACCUCUGACAUCUGUCCUAUAUCUUUCACACCUCAAUUUAAAGCUAUGCCCCCCAUGCUCGCCGUCAGCAUCCUAGGAAAAAGGGUCUCCCUAUCCAGCCUGUCUAACCCUCUGAUUAUUUUAAUUGUUUCAAUUAAAUCACCUCUCAACCUUCUUCUUUCUAAUGAAAACAGCCUCAAGUCCCUCAGCCUUUCCUCGUAAGACCUUCCCUCCAUACCAGGCAACAUCCUAGUAAAUCUCCUCUGCACCCUUUCCAAAGCUUCCACAUCCUUCUUAUAAUGUGGUGACCAGAACUGCACGCAAUACUCCAAGUGCGGCCGCACCAGAGUUUUGUACAGCUUCACCAUAACCUCUUGGUUCCGGAACUCGAUCCCUCUAUUAAUAAAAACGAAAACACUGUAUGCCUUCUUAACAGCCCUGUCAACCUGGGUGGCAACUUUCAAGGAUCUGUGUACAUGGACACCGAUUCAACAUAUGAUAAAAUCACUCAGCAACUAGUGGCAUUGAUACCUACCAACAAUGCUACCUUGGGAUAGAUCGCAUUGGGCCCUGGGAACUUAUCUCCCUUAAUAUUUUUUCAAGACACCCAACAGCAUCACCCCCUUAAUAUCUACAUAACCUAGAUUAUCAACGUACCCCUCCGUAACCUUACCAUCAUCCUUCACAAAAUGUGUUAUAAAAAUCAUAAUUAUUGAUACAAUUUUCUAACAAAGCUCUCUAAAUUGAAUAAUAUUAUGUACCGUUACAGACUUUGGUGUGAAAUUAAUCUUGGACAGCUCUUGGACAACAAUUGUUGUUUGAGAAAUUUUGAUUAAAAUGUCUGCCUUUAAUUCCUACAGAAAAUAUACCAAUCCUUUCUUUUAGUAAUGUAUAUGGUAGUAUGAUCAUGAACUAAAAUGUAUCGUUAUAGUUAAAAGGUUGGUCACAAUACAUCUAAAAUUUAUCAUCUAAUGCCAUAAUUUUGUUUCAGUUAUGUAACUGUAGCUGAUUUCGUAAAUUAAAAGGCAAUGGAGAUCUCCAUUGGUUGAAUCAAACCUAGUACAAAGAAAGAUGGUUGUAGCUGCUGAAGGUCAAACAAUUUGACAAACCAAAUGCAGUGAGUUCCUUAGGACGGUAUCCUAAUUUCAGCUACAGUUAACUGCCUCGUCAAUUACUCUCCUUCCAUCAUGAGGUUGGAAGUGAGGAUGCUUGCAUGGCUGUCAUUUCUAUCCAUGACUCCUCAAACGCAGAAGCAGUCCAUGUUAAUUUGCAGCAAGACAUGGGCAAAAAAAUUUCUUCACACAAAAGUGCCAGGCAUUGACCAUCAUCAGUAAUUGACAGUCUAUCCAUCUCCCGUUGAUUACAGUUACCAUUAUCACCAUUGAAGCGCCUACUACCAACAUUCUGGGUGUCACCAUGACUAGAAACCGAAUUGGUCCAGCCAUCUAAGUGCAGUGGGUUCAAGAGCAGGAGUCCAGAGGCCACAAAUUCUGAAGCAGGUAGCUCACCACCUCCUCAAAGCUCACCAUCAUCUACAAGGAGCCAGUUAGGACUGUGAUGGAAUAUCCUCCAUGUAUACAGAUGGGUGCACCUUCACUAACACUGAGGAAACUUGACAUUAUCUAAGAUACAGCUAAGCAUCCCAGCCAUCUCCUUAAACAUUAAUUCCCCCAAUCAUGGCAUAAAAUUGCUGCACUGAGUACCAUCUGAACAUGUUUGUGUAGCUCAUCAAGGCACUUUUUAGUGACAGCAACUCCCAAACCUGUGACCUUUACUUGAAAGGAAAGAGCAGUAGACAUAUGAGAGGUUGUGGUUGGUGGCAGCGGGGGUAUGGGUAAUAAAGAGUUCAUCUGCACGUUACUUUGCAAGUCACACUUCUGACUUGGACAUAUAUUGUUGCUUAGGCUGUAAUGGUUCAGGUAGCUCACCACCUGUUUCUCAAGGUCAGUUAGGAAUGUGUAUCAAAACCUGGCCUCACGUGUUCUGUGACUGGAGGAAGAAUCUCUUAGUCUGCAGUUCAAGAAAAGAUAUUAAUUGUCUGAAAGCUGACUUAGUUGUGUUAGCUAUUUAUUAGAUAAACUCACUUGACCAUUCUAGAAGUCCAAGUACUUUAUACUUAAAUAAAAAAUGUGAAUGGAGUGUAAUUUUAGUAUUUAAUAUUAUAAAAUUUGUUUGUGUAGAAUUCUGUUGCCUCAAAGUUGACUAUGCUAUUUUCAUAGGACUUUUCCCAGUAUAUGUGAGAACCACUUUUUGAGCUUGAUUUUCUGGUAUGAGCUACUCAAUGAAUCCCAUCAGUUAGAGCAGUAUCAGUGAGACCUCCAGUGGAAUUUUUUGGAUGCUAAUCUAUUUGAGAAGGAAAUCCCUGCAUCAGUUCAUUUUUUACAGCAAAAUUGUCAAAAUUUGAGAGUUAUCUUCAAUAAGGUCAGCAUAGUACAUACAAGCCAUUUUAAGACGUUUUCCGUAUCAAUUGAUCAGAUAGAAGGAGGAUUUGUCUCAGAUCUAGCUUGGUGAAACACACGUCUCCAUAUUCUUGUGUAUGCUCCUGGCUGGCAGCAUGGAUACAUGGCACAUGGAUGAGAUUUAAAAAUGGUGCCAGCGCUCCGAAUCCCGGAGGUCCCAGCAAUGUCAAGUACUUCUGACUCUGGCGAGAGAGAAGAAAAGGUGCUUUUAAACUAUCCAUGGAUUUUGAAAUAGAAGAAGAGCCCUCUGUUAGCAUAAGCACACACCAUAGCAGAAAUAAAAAGGAAGGAUGUUUAAAGGGACUAGAUUCUACUUGGAGGUUCUUGCAAUCCGCUCACUUUUUUAUCUACCUGGCUCAUUUAUUAUCUACAUGGGGCGAUCGCAUGUGGCAUUUUGCUGUCUCGCUUUUCCUGGUGGAACUCUAUGAAAAUAGCUUGCUGCUUCCAGCUGUGUUUGGUUUGGCUGUUUCCUCAUCACUUAUACUCUUUGGUGCCUUAGUUGGAAACUGGGUUGACAGAAAUACCAGAAUGAAAGUUGUACAAGUUGCUCUUCUUAUCCAGAAUCUCUCAGUGAUCUUAUGUGCUGUGGUGCUUAUGUUGUUAUUUGUUUAUGAGACUGAGAUCACUAUCCUAUGGAAUGGUUGGAUGAAGAUUGUUUGUUACGCAUUGGUGAUCGUCAUUGGUGUGAUUGCAGACCUGGCUAGCACAGCAAUGUCAAUUGCAAUCCAACGGGAUUGGAUUAUAGUGGUUGCUGGUGACAGUGACAAAUUAUCAAGCAUGAAUGCUACAUUGAGGCAAAUUGAUCUUCUCAGCAAACUGCUUUCUCCAAUGUCUGUGGGCCAGAUCAUGACUUUUAGCUCUUCUGUAGUUGGAUGUGGCUUUAUAGCUGGCUGGAAUUUGUUCUCCGUGUGUUUUGAGUAUUUGUUGCUGAAAAAAAUUUAUAAAAUGACUCCAGGACUAGCAAAAAAAGGUGACAACCAGAAUAAGGACGAAGAAGUUUCAGAACAAAAUCAGACUACUUUUAAAGAUGAACGAGUGACUUCUGCUCCAGUUUCGGUUGAGGGCGAGCUGAUUAAUAAUACCAGUACAAAUCGAAAUGACAAGGAAACAGGGUGUAUCAAAGGCACUCUGGUUUCUGGAAUCAGGACAUUCCGAGAUGGCUGGAUUAUCUAUUAUAAACAACCAAUGUUUCUUGCUGCAUUAGGUCUUUCAUUUCUUUACAUGACUGUACUAGGAUUUGAUGGAAUUACUACUGGGUACGCUUAUGCACAAGGAGUAAGCAGUUCUGUACUCAGCAUCAUGGUGGCAUUGUCUGCUCUCACAGGACUAAUAGGAACUAUGUUUUUUACCAUAUCGAGGAAAUAUUGUGGCCUUAUUCAUACUGGAUGUUUCUCAAGUAUUGCACAGAUCAUUUGCCUUACACUAUGCAUUGCGUCUGUGUUUGCUCCUGGAAGCCCAUUUGAUUUGAGUGUACCUCUUUAUUCAAGUGCAUCAGAUCAGCUAGAAACCUAUACAACUGCCACCUUUCCUACUGAUGUUUUGAAUGCAUCUGUCACCAAACAGUCCCUCAUUAACAAACACAUUCCGUAUGACGAAACUUCACAACUACCAACCAACUUGACGAAUUCCACAGAAACAAAGGAAUAUCUUUCCAUAGCACUAUAUUUUGCUGGUGCUGUUUCAGCAAGAGUUGGUUUAUGGAGCUUUGACCUGACAGUAACACAGCUUACCCAAGAAAUGGUUUAUGAAUCGAAAAGAGGAAUUGUAAAUGGUGUUCAGGGCUCCAUGAAUGGUAUUAUGGACCUUCUCCGUUUUGUCUUCGUUAUCAUCAUCCCGGCACCAGAACAUUUUGGCAUUCUUAUUAUCUUGUCUGUAGCCUUUGUCUCAGUGGGGACCUAUCCAGGAUCAGGACUGUCACUGCGGGAACUUGUGAGACCAGCCGGGUGUCUGGACCAGUGCGGGCAGGUCAGGUCACUCAAGAGGUGGGCUACAGUCCCAUUCCAUCUGUCCACAGAAAUGAAGGGAGAAGGGAAAACGCUCAGUGCCAGCUUCCUCCUCUUUUCCAUUUCUGCCGACUCCUAAUACAAACAGUCAGAACAACUUCUAUUGGCAGCAUUCCUGCCGGUGCACAGCAGGCUUUGAAAGAUGAUGUGGAUCCAAGGGAUGCUGGUCUUAUGCAGGAACCAUGCUAUAUCACAUGUUUCUCAGUGAACAGCAUGUGAUAAAUUGGGAUGGAAGCAGUUGUGAUUCUCACCAUCAGAGCUCAAAUAUUAAUUAAAGUAAUGAGUUUAAUAAGCUAUGACGUUAUCAGAGAUAAUGGGCACUGUAGAUGCUGGAGAAGCUCGAAACAUCAGCUUUUGUGCUCCUAAGAUGCUGCUUGGCUUGCUAUUUUCAUCCAGCUCCACACUUUGUUGUCUAAGAUAUGAAGUUAACUUGUUUGGCCUUGAGGUAAGAAGAAUCAAUCCACCAGACUCAACAUCACUCAUCCUUAGCCAAAACGUUCUACCUUUAGUGAUGAGGACCUCAAUCACUUUUUUUCAAUGAAGUUGUUAUUUCUAAUACAGUUAGGAUGGUUUAUACCUUCUCUGAAAGGUUAUCAAAUGAAUUGACAGUGAAAUGUAGAUACUGAGAGAUAAUGGAGGAGGCGAUGGCCUAAUGGUAUGAUCGCUGGAUUAUUAAUCUAGAAACCCAGAUAAUAUUCUGGGGACCUGGGUUUGAAUCCUGUCUCGGGCAUGUGAUGGAUUUUGAAUUCAAGAAAAAAUUCUGGAAUUAAGAGUCUAAUGAUGACCCAUGAAUCAAUUGUCAGGAAAAACCUAUCUCAUUUACUAAUGUCAAUUAGAGAAGGAAAUCUGCCAUCCUUUUCUGGUGUGACCUACAUGUGACUCCAGACCGACAGCAAUGUGAAUGACUCUUAAAAGCCCUCUGGCCAAUUACUCAUGGGUGAUAAAUGCUGGUCUAGUGAGCAAUGUCUUCAUUCCGCAAAUUUAAAAAAAAACAGAGAAGAGGUUCUAGUUACAUCCCCCAUGAUAUGAUUUAUAUUUCCUUUUUACUUUGAUUUUUUAAACACUUCAUGAACUUUGCCUUUCAUUUCACUUCACUUCCUCCCCAAGAUGGAUAUUUUCUGCUGUAUAAGCCAAAAACAUAGCUUCAAUACCACUUUAUGCUUGGGUGUAUUUCCAAAUUUAGCCUGUAAAUCUAUCUUUCUGCACUGUAAUCAUGCCAUUGAUGAACCUGUGAAAAUUGCAUCAGGCAAAUAAACUUUUUCCUGAACUGAAAAUUUGUAAAGAACAAUUUAUGGCCACCUAUCUUACCAGAGCUUCUAAGUGGCCCAGCAGAAUGCUGAGGGGAAUUUCAGGUAUGUCAGAGUUUUGCUCCUGAAAGACUGUACCAGAACUUUGCUGUAGCUAAAAGACAAAAAAAAAGUUUCUGUAUUGAAAUAUCGCUUGUAUACUGAAAUGAUGUUGAUUUUUAAAAAUCUUUUAUAAUCAACUGAUGUAAUUAUCUUUUGUUAUCUAUUGCUUGUCACUUUGUAAAUUAAUUUUACAUUGUCUAUUUUAUGCAUUCCUUUUCACAAAUGCUCAGAUUUGAUAUAUUUAGUAACAACUUCUAGUAUAGUUGUUCAAUAAAAUACAGACCUGAAUUUAAGCCAUUAUGGUGGCAUUCUGCAAGUAAAAUGGCUUCAGCCACUCUAAUAUUCCAAUAUGAAGCUGCAGUAAUGAAGUUUUCAACUUCUGCAUUGCAUUUUAUGGGGUAUCUUUUUCCAUUGAAUUUUUUAAAAAGUGAUUUGUGAAAACUUUAAAUUUAUGAUUGUUGAGUUUGUCUAUGUUAAUGUUCAAUGUCACAGCUGAAGUACUUAUGAUUACACAUUAUUUGCGAAAAUUAGAAGAUGUUUGAGGUAUUUUGGAGUGGCAUAACCAACAAUAAAGAAAUUGGUUGUCACUGAUAGGUGACUAGAUUCAUGACAAAGAUUUUACUAUCCCUGUAGAGAUGGGCUUGGAGGCAGGGGGGCUGGUAAGAUGGCUGGAAGGUAUUGUGAAGGGAACCCAGCAACUUACCACUAUAUGAACAGUGAUUCAACCAGGCACUGACCUGAGGUGAGCAACCAACUGAGGUAAGUAUUAUUGGCCAUUUUAAACCUUUUUCAGCAGUGGACCUGGUCCCCUUGGGCUUUAGUGGUGUAACGGUAAUGUCCCUACCCCUGGGCCAAAUAGUGUGGGUUCAAGACUCACCUCCUCUGGAGAUGUGUCAUAACAUGGCCAAACAGGUUGCUUAAAAAUAAUGUUUGGUUUGGUCCCUCACCCUGCUGCUUGAGGAAACUACGAGGUCCAUCAAAGCAGCUGGGGAAGGGUGAGGUUAGAAUGGAUAUGGGGUUGUUGAUUGGUGGAAGAUCUCUCCAAUGGCAAUGGCUAUUUGGUGGAUUUGACACUAUCAUACCAUCAACAGCUGCCUCUAUUGGUAUUGAUGGGAAGUUGCCUUGGAGAAGCAGGCUGCUACCCUAAAAUGGAUGAACAAACUCUGAUGAAGAGUCACCUAGACUCAAAACAUUAGUUUGCUCUCUCUGUGGAUGCUGCCUGACCCACUGAUUUACAGCAUUUUUUUGUUUUCACCUUAAAAUGGACGCUAAUUUUAGUCACCAGUAAAAUCUCCUGUGUGAUCCAAAUGCUGCCUGCUCAGUCUCAGGAUACAUAAAGUACUUGAAAAUGAGGCAGUGACUAAGCCAGUGAAAGUGUUGAACCAUUAGAAAAUCCAGGUGAUCUUAAGUUUUAUGAUUAAAAAUCAAAGUUAUUUAAAAAGUAUUUUAGUAAUAUUUCAAUCAGGUAUAUUUUGUAACUUUGGAAAUUAAAUUUUACUGUUACAUUGUUGGGUUAAACUCAACUAAUAUUGGCAUGAUGCAGUCAUUAAAUCAAAUUUAUUUUUAUGCUUAUGAUGCUUUUGAAUCUUGUCAACUUACAAUUUACAAUAGUGAUUAUAUUUCAAGUUUGCAAUUAUCUGUGCUAUUUCAAGGCUGUGAAACUAUCUGAAAUGCUUUAGGAUAUUCCAAGGCUGUGAAACUAUGUUUGAGUGAUCACGGAUAUUGAAACUAUGCGUGUAGUUGUAAUUCUCUCUGUGGUUUACAAAAAUACCAAAUAAACUAGUUGCUGGAAAGAU